CUCUUCUCACUGUCUUCCAAAACCCCGAUAAGCCACCAAACAACUUGCUAACACUUAAAAGCCUGAAACCCCAAAGCUCCACAGGCUAACUGCAACUAGCCAGAAAACCAAGAAAAUUAAUCGAGAGCAAUGACAACCACAAGAUUCUUACGUUCUUCUAGGCCUCUUCCUCAUGCUCCUCCUCCUGGUUCAACUUCUUCAUCUGUUUCGACGGUGAAAUGCAUCGGCAAAAAUACUUCUGGGUUGGGCGGAGAGAAGAUGGUUUCAAGAGAUGGUGAUAAAAGGAGAUCAACGGCGGCUGCUGUGAGAGCGUCAGUAGCUGUUAGGGAGAGUUUGAUCAUUGCAGAGCCACGGGUUGAUGAGGGAAUAGAUUUGGCUUCUUUGUUUACAACUGUUGGUAAUGCUUUGUUUAAGUUGUUGAGACCUGCUGUUAAACGCAAGCCGUGGAAAGUACAGGUCCAGACGCUCAUUGAAAAGGCUAUAAUUGAUUGCCGGUUCUUUACUUUAUUUGCCACUGUGGGAGCGUUGCUUAGUUCAGUGUUGUGUUUUAUGGAGGGUUGCUUUCUCAUUCUGAAGUCCUACUUUCACUAUUUUGGCGCGUUAUCUCAUAGUUCAGAUCAAGGAGAAGCUGGAGAAAUUGUGCAGCUACUUAUAGAAGCCAUUGACAUGUUCUUGGUAGGGACAGCAAUGCUUAUUUUUGGGGUAGGGUUGCAUGUCAUCUUUGUGGGAUCUAAGAAUUUGAAACAAAACGCACUGCUGCCAGGAUCAAGCCUUUUUGGGCUCUUCUUUUUGAAGUCUCUUCCAACAUGGGUGCAGAUGGAAUCAGUUUCCCAAGCCAAAUCUAGAAUUGGCCAUGCAGUCAUCAUGAUACUUCAAGUGGGAUUGUUGGAGAAAUUCAAGAAAAUACCUUUGGUUACUAGUUUGGAUUUUGCUUGUUUUGCUGGAGCUGUGCUGAUUUCCUCAGCUUGUAUAUUCAUUCUCUCAAAACUUUCUCUUGGUGGUAUUGCGAGAGAAGGCAGGUAGCAGAGGACGAAGAUUAUACGUACAAUGCAUAUAUAUUUGCCAAAUGACGGCCAAGAAGGAAUCAAACCUUAUUCUUUUGUUGGUCAUACAUCCUUUUUGUAUAUUCUACUGCAUACUUAUACAAUAGAAAUAAAAAUCCUAUUCCUAUUUCACCCAAAUUGAGGAAUGGAUACCAACAUUUGGAUUCCAUGCUCAAGCCUUCUGUGUCAAGAAGAACAAGAAGGAGAAAUGCCUCUUUUAAGUCUCUGAUUUUUGCAGUUUUGAAUUGUAGCAAGAAGCACAAUAUAUAUUUUCUUAAUUAUAUGAAUGUUAUUCUUCUAA